CUUCAAUCCUCAGCAAAAUAAGAAGCCACCGUGAGUUUCAGAACUCGCUGUCAUCUCUUCCAGUGGCGGCUAGAUCACUCCAUUUCUCCAUCACUAAAUCUCUCGAUCCAUAAAUUAUAAGUAGCACAACAACAAAUUAUUUUAUUAUUUCUACAUCAUCAUGCCUGUCUUUACUCUAAACUUUGGUUCGUCUUCUUCAUUUUGCAAUGCUCUAUAUAUAUUCAUGCAUGGCCUCAACACACCACUUUACAAUCAGCUUUUCUUAAACAAUAAUAUAAUCCACCAUGUCAAGUAUUGUUUUCUCAGAGCUCAACUCUUUCCCUAACAAGAACAUGCUAUUUAAGCAGUACUGCCCCUUCCCCCCAACCAUGCCUGAAAGAUACAACCUUCUUCUCUGGCCUAACACUAGCCUAAGUUCUCGCAGAACCUCAAUAUUGGCUGGAGCCAAAGCUUCAACUACAGAAGAGAGAAUGGCUACAAGAGGCAGCAGCAAGCUCCCACUGGAGAACUAUGUGCCUGUUUAUGUAAUGCUUCAGUUGGACAUCAUUACUGUUGACAACGUCUUCCCGAACCAAAACAAGAUUGUAAUGCAACUGAAGGAGUUAAGAGCAGGUGGAGUUGAUGGGGUAAUGGUGGAUGUCUGGUGGGGAAUUGUAGAGGGGCUUGGCCCCAAGAACUAUAAUUGGUCAGCCUAUAGGACACUGUUCAAACUAGUUCAAAAAUGUGGACUUAAAAUUCAAGCUAUUAUGUCAUUCCACCAAUGUGGUGGCAACAUAGGAGAUUCUGUUUUCAUUCCACUUCCCAAAUGGGUACUUGCAGUUGGAGAAAAAGAUCCAGAUAUCUUCUAUACUAACCGGGCAGGUAACCGAGAUAAGGAGUACCUAUCACUCGGUGUCGAUAACCUGCCUCUCUUCCAAGCUCGAACUGCUGUACAGGUGUAUAGUGACUUUAUGAAGAGCUUCCGAGAAACCAUGGCAGACUUUCUGGAAAGUGGAAGCAUAAUAGAUAUUGAGGUAGGGCUUGGUCCUGCUGGAGAGCUUAGAUAUCCAUCCUACCAAGAGAAUCAAGGUUGGGAAUUCCCUGGUAUCGGAGAAUUUCAGUGCUAUGAUAAGUAUCUGAGAGCAGAUUUUAAAGAGGCUGCAAUGGAAGCAGGGCAUCCGGAAUGGGAUGUUCCAGAUGAUGCAGGAACGUAUAACGACACACCAGUAAAAACGGGGUUUUUUGGAGCAAAUGGGACAUACCUUACAGAGAAAGGGAAGUUCUUCUUGACCUGGUACUCUAACAAGAUACUGCUUCACGGUGAUCAAAUACUCGAUGAAGCCAACAAAGCCUUCUUAGGCUGCAGAACCAAGCUAGCAGCCAAAGUAUCAGGUAUCCAUUGGUGGUAUAAAGAUGGCACCCAUGCUGCAGAGCUCACUGCAGGAUACUACAACUUGGAUGGAAGAGAUGGGUAUCAUCCCAUAGCAAGGAUGAUGGCAAGGCAUUAUGCCAUUUUGAAUUUCACUUGUCUUGAGAUGAGAAACGACGAACAUCCAGAAAAUGCCAAGAGCGGGCCACAACAACUAGUUCAGCAGGUUCUGAGUGCUGGCUGGAAAGAAUGCAUUGAGGUUGCAGGUGAAAAUGCAUUGUCCAGAUACGAUCGCCCAGCAUAUAACCAAAUCCUUCUUAAUUCUCGGCCAAAUGGUGUUAACAAAAAUGGUCCACCAAAGCUGAAGUUGUCUGGAGUGACUUACCUUCGUUUAUCUGAUGAACUUCUUCACCGGAGCAACUUCAGAAUCUUUAAAACGUUUGUGAACAAAAUGCAUGCUGAUCUGGAUUACUGUCCAGAGUAUGUGAAGCCCACUCCCCUGAAGAGAUCAAAACCGGAGAUUUCGAUUGAUGAAUUAGUUGAAGCAACCAAACCAACAAAGCCAUUCAAAUGGGAUGCUCAAACAGAUAUGAGUGUGGGUGGUGCAUUGGCUGAUUUGCUGGACAAUCUGCUUCAGAAUUUAUUCUUUAGACAAAGCUGAAUAGCAUGGAAAGCCAUCAACUUUGUGAGAAUUAGGAUGUGGUACACACAGUUUUCAUGUGUCAAUGUAUAUAACUAAAUUCCACUAUUGUGAAUGAAACAAAGGUUUCCCCA